AUAAUAACAUAACAAAUAAAUAAAAUUUGCUGCUCAACUUAUCGGAUUCUUAGUAAAUAAUGCUAUAUUGGCCUAAUUUAAAUUAUCCCCGCAUAAACAGCAGGGCACGAGUAUCUUGACUCUUUGACACGAAGAUUACGCCGCUUAAACCAUAGCAGGCACAUGCAGUUUAAUUUGCGGUUUUGUGCAAUAAAGUCCUACUAAAGUAAAACAUCGAGUAAACAUAAAUAUCUGAAAACCAGUUCAAGUUUAUGAACUUCCAUAAAAGUUCUCACUAGUUUGCUACUGCUAAAGUAAUGCUGAAAAGUCAGUUGUAUUGCAGUAUCAAAAUGCAGUGAAAUCACCAGCAGGUAGAAGAAUCCGCAAGACAAAUGGGAAAAACAUUUAAAAUGUUUAAAUAUUUGCUUUUUCCUCUGUCAAUCCUUCUACUGAACACCUGGAUAGUGGCCGGGAUUUUCGAAUGCUGUCCUGGAGAGAAUAACGUAAUUUUCUUGUCCAACAGUUCAUGUGGUGAUAAGGAAUUAAAUAUAAACGCUACUAUUAAUUUGAACUGUAGCAUAAAAAUACCUCUUGCCAGAGAAGAUUGGGAAGAAUACGGAUUUAUCAAAGUAUUCGAUAAUGGAACAAUAUUAGAUAAUAGCAUGAAGGAGACAAAGUAUUGCCAUGCACUUGAUGGAGAUCAGCCGCCUAAUACUAACAAUUCAGUGUAUAUUUUUUGCUAUGAUCCCUACUGGGAAGACACUUUUGUGCUCGACAUGCUUCACAUCCAAAGUUUUUUAAUUUUAAUUUCGGCAACUUUCGUUAUAUGCACGAUUUUAGUCUACUUUAUGGUUCCCCGUUUACUGGAUUUACAGGGAAUAUGUAUGGUGCACGCACUAAUAGGACUGUCGGCGUCUUAUAUAUUUUUGAGUGUCGUCCAGCUGGCCAGAAUACCCGAUUACACCACCUGCACCACUCUAGCCUUCAUAAUUUAUUUGAGCUUUUUCUAUAUGUUCUUUUGGUUAGCGGUGUUGUCUUUCCAUAUUUGGAGAAUAAGCGUACAACCACAUCUUUCAGAAGGAACAAUCAAUUGGCCUUUGAUGUACCACAUUUUUGCGAUUGGAGGAACUGGGCUAUUCUUGACAAUUAUAUUAAUAGCACAUUAUUCGCCAUCCUCAAUUUUUGAUAGUAUUCGUCCAGGGUUUGGAGAAAGAUCGUGCUGGUUUCAAUCUAGAUCCAAAAUUUGGAUUUUUUUUUACGGGCCCAUAGUUGUACUUCUGAUAUUAAAUAUAUUAUUAUAUGUGUCCACCGUCGUUACUCUAUGGCCGAAAGUCAAUAGUACUCGAAAUAAAGUGUUAAAGUAUAGAGUGAAACUGUGCCUAAGACUAUGCGUUAUUAUGGGCAUUACAUGGUCCAUAGAAAUAUUUACAUUUAUUUUAAACAGCGACAAAUCGUCGACAGCAGGCCGAAUAGUGGUGUUUAUUCUGGAUUUGGUAAACACGUUGCAAGGAGUUCUGAUAUUCCUAAUCUUGGUGGUAUUCAGGAAACGUGUUAGAAGGGAACUGGCUAACAAAAACUUGUGCAACAUAAAGUUUCCAAAUUCGUGGAAAUACCUUGAAGAUGAAGAAAUGGACAGUGCGGAACAAAAAACAAACGGAACGAUUCUGUGUUAUAGACCGAGUGAAGAUGUUGACGCUGAAAUAUGAGAAUAGUUGAAGAUUCCUUCCUGUCCAAUUCAAUAUUGAGUGCCAUAUGGAAUGAUGGAACAUUAAAUUGCCAUAUAUUAUGUGCAAUUAAGAUUCCUUGCUAGCAAAUAGAUUAUCAAUUAUAAUUUGAAUUUAAAUUAUCAUGACAUUUAACGGAAACAACGGUGGAAUUCUAAUACGUGCCAUUCUUAGUGGCGACUGAUGUGAAUUCAGAAAGAGCAACUGGAUUUAUUCUUAUUUACAUACACGUAUAAUCUGUAUAGCUGUGAAUAAAAUGAUGUUCUUGUAAUUUAUUAAUAUAUUUUUGUACCUAGUU